AUGCAAAAUGUUCUGAAUUCUCAUGUGAUCGUGUCCCGGGCGGCGACACUUCUGAAGAAGUGGACAGGAAGGCGACUUCCAGACGUCCUGGCUCUGGUAUCUGUCUACUCUGCAGCGACAUUGGCGUAUCGCAGCUUGGCAGAAGAAGAUGGUGCAGAGAAGGAGACGGCGAAGCGCAAGUCAAUGAGCUCCAAGAUGGCGUCGCGGAAGAAGCCGGCGCCGAAGCUGGACACAGCCUUCUGCUGCCCCUUUUGCAACCACCCCGGCGGCGUGGCCUGCACCAUAGACCUCAAGCUCUACGUCGCCAGCGCCGUGUGCUACGUCUGCGAGGAGGCCUACCACACCACGGCGCACCACCUCACCGAGCCCGUCGACGUCUACCACGACUGGAUCGACGCCUGCGAGAUGGCCAACCAAGACGUCGACGCCCAAGCUGGGGACUGCUACAAACCACAGCGACGACGAGGACGACGAGGACAGCGAUGCCUGAUCGAUCGAUCGUGUCCGGUCGAGCUGGUUUCAGGUUUCUAGCUAGACGAUGCAUGCUAUGCUAUGCUUUUGAUGUUGGAUUCGUCUUUGUCCGUGGAGUUCAGCUGUGGCAGUUUAGCUGACAUUAGAUGGAUGGAUGUAGACCUGUUGCUACGCAAGGUGCAAGUGCAACUGAUGAGCUCUCAACUUGUGGUCUUGUCCGAUGAUCUAGGUGGCUUUCAUGUACCGAUCCAAACGACCUCAACCCAAUGCUGCGUAGUUUUGAUA